AUGAGGGUGUUAGUAGAGAUCUUGAUGGGAAAGCUCUUCUACAUUCAAGUUGGCAAUAACGCCACCGUGCUAGACCUAAAGAAAGAGAUCGGAGCUCAAGAAAAACUUCCCGUUGAUCGGCUCAUUCUGCUUAUGUAUGAAAAGUUAAUGAAUGAAAAUGAAUCUUCGCUUGUUGAUUAUGGUGUUGAAGAUGGUUCUCAUUUGUAUCUUUUUUUCGAUACCCUGAAGGAUGGUUUGACUCAUCAGUCCCCAUUAACUACUUCUGAGUCGGUGAAUUAG